CAGGCUGUUCAUGGUUAGCCCCCUGUCUUGCUCGUGGCGAUCACUGUAUCGGGAUCGUCUACGUCCCCGUGCGCUUUCUGACAUCUUGUCGAGAGUUGGCACGAGAGCUCGACCCUACCAUCCUUUCGAAUCUGGUUGCUGUUCUCCAAAAGAACCUUGACCAUGAUUCGUGCAAUAAUGCGAUCGACGGCUAUGUCGAAUACACCGAGAUCGGCACAAUCGUACAGAAGCUCGGCACCUCAAUUGAAACACUGCAUCAAACGUUGUAUAAUGGCCGACGACCACUACUUGAGCAUCCGAUAUCAUUUCUCGAUGGCCAACAUCGCGUGGAGGCCGCCAAAAUCGCUUUUGGAGAGAAUGCAAUGUGGACUGUGAGGCUUCUAUCGAGGCCCGGUACAAAGCUCUCCGCCUUCAUACAAAACCGUGCAAUAUGCCAGACGCUUGACAGGCUGUCACACCAAACACGGUACUCGGACGGUGAAGUCUUCCGUCAGGUCACUCAACUUUGGAAGACAAGCAGUUUUGAACAGGCUCGAGAAUGGACAGCGCGACUUGGCGCUCAGAAAAGGGUCAACCUCGAUAUGAUAGAAGACAAUCAUCGGGUCUUCAGUUGUCUGGAUGGCUUAAGCCAUUUCCCUGGUCUACUCAGCGACCUGCCCUUAGGCAGCACUGGUCGCCGCCGCGGCAGAAUCUGGUGGAAGUAAGAGAAGGUGUGUUGGCUCAGUGC